AUGGUCCGUGAACACCGCCGAUUGUCCUCCUUGAACUUCCUAUCAUUCCGCAGGUUAAGAAACAGAUCCGCCUCUACCCCCCCAAGACAUGGGACACCUCUCUUGACACUCACGGAUGCCCUCAUUAUCGCGAUAGCUUCCUACGUCGACGACCCCCGAGACAUCUCCCAUUUCCUCCUCGCCAACCGGCGCCUGUCAACCCUCCUCACACCCGUCCUCUACGACACCGCCUUCCUCAUCAACCCCUACAGCCGCAGCGCCGCCUCCGCGCUGUGCCGGGCCGCCAAACUCGGGCACGUCAAUGUCGUCCAAUACCUCCUCGACCGCGGCGUCAGCAUGAUCGACCCCAAGCCCUGGACGGGCAUCGAAAACCCACUGCACGUCGCCGCGCGCGACGGCCAGCUCGCCGUCGUCGAGACAAUGCUCCAGCACGAGGACGCCGCCGCAGCCAGCCUCCUCAUCGACUCCCACGGCUACACGCCCUUCCACCUCGCGGCCCUCAACGGCUUCGCCAGCGUCACCAGACUCUUCCUCGAGACCGCCGGCGUGGACGUCAACCUCCGCAGCGACCCCGCCACAACCCAACACGCCGCAACAGCACUCCACUACGCCGCCUCCUGGGGCCACGACAAAGUCGUCAAGCUCCUCCUCCGCUCCGGCGCAACCCCGGACUUCACCACCACCGACGGCGCAGCCCACACCCCGCUGCAAUGGGCGCUGCAGAACUUCUGCUCCAUGGCCGCCCUCACCCCCAUUGACCCCACCGAGACCAUCGUCGCGCUCCUCGCCGCCCGCCCCGCCAUGAUCUCGCAGCGCAACCCCGCCAGCGGCCGCCCGAUCCUACACUUUGCCGCCACGAGCGGCGACUACUCGCCGCAGCGCCGCUUCGGCGAGCACUACUCUCAGAUCCGCGCCUCGCCCAGCGGCACCGUGCUGCCGCGCGAUGCGCGCGGCCGCCGCGAGGCUGCGCGAGAGAUGCAUAGGCGUGUUGUUGCGUUGCUGGUGGCCAACGGGGCCGACAUCGAUGCGGUUGACCGCGAGGGGAAGACGGCGCUGUUCCAUGCGGCCGAGCACGGCGAGGAGCAUUUCGUCAGGAACUUUGCGGAGCUGGGGGCGGACGUGGGCGUGAAGGCGGACACGGGGGAGACGGCGCUGGAGAUGGUGGUUGUGCGGCGAAUGUGUGGGGAGGGGAUGGAGAUGGCGGAGGCGCUGCUGGACCAUGGGGGGGUUGUGGAGCUGGGGAGGGGGGGGAGGGUGGCGGGGGAAAUUGGGGAGCGAGAGAGGGAGGGGCUGGUCAAGUUUGUGAAGUGCCAUGAGACGAAGAUGAGGAGGGUGCAGGGUGGGGGUGGGCAUCAUGGAGGGGCGUGGUAG